AUGAAGAGAGAGAGAGAGAAGAAGAGUGUUACUAUAAAUAAGCAGCAGCAGAAGAAGAUUAAGAAGCAGGAGCUGGCAGAGGAGGAGAGGAUUGAGGCCUUGUUCAGGUCUCAAAUGCACUUCAUGAUUCAGGACAUUGAGGAGGCAGCCCUGCUCUCUGAGCAUGUCAAUCUGCUUACCGCUGGGGUGGAACCUGAGACAGCAGACCAGGAAAUGUGGGAUUUUGAGGUGCAGGUUGACCUGGCUGAGAGGGAGCAGUGA